AUGAAGAGAAUUGAUUUCUGCAUCAGCAACCUGACGAGCCUAAGGGAGGAAGCCAGGGCCACUGAAGAACCGGAAUCACAAACAUCACCACCACGGCAACAAGAGAAGAGUAGUCGUAAACGUGAUACAGGAACGAAUACGACUAAGAGAAACACGUGUGAAAUUGGAGUCAACACCGCAAACAUACGAUAUACGGUAGAUGCGGAGACGAACACAACGCAUAGAGAGACAUGUGAUGUGGCAAUAGAAAGCAUGAACAUACCAGACAAACCGCACACAAGGGAUGUAACAAUGGACACCACACACAUUGAGACCUAUAGCACAGGAGGCUACGAGGAUGGAAGCCAAUACACAAGGAGGACAGACGUUGAGGAAGACAAGACGAAUGACAACAAUCAGGGGAAAGAAGAUGUGUCACUAAGACAAUGCACAAUGGAUAACUUCUUCCACCUGACACAAGAAGUCAUAGAGGAAUUAAAUGGGGAGGAUAUGAUGCCUGAAGGGGAGACAUCAAAUUACAUCCCACCUACCACCAGAGCAGCGAUGAUGGGAAGGAGACCGAUCCCCACCAGCUCCAUUGGAAGAAAAACAAAAGAAGGCAACAACACCAUAAUCUUUAGUUGCUUUAAAAGAGUUGAUGAACUGAAAAAGAGUCAACUUCUCACUGGAAAAAGAGGAAAAAGAUACCAAAACGAUAGAUGGAUAUCUUGUGCAUAA